AUGGUAUUCCUGGUUUCUAAUGGAAUUGGGAGUAACACUAAUAGUACAAUUAAACCUAAUGGGAUUGGUUCUGGUUCUAGAUUUAUAUCUCCCACUUUGAAAUCAAAGGAAUCAACCACUGCAACCACCACAUCCACUACCAGUUCUUUACAAUUCCAUCAAGAUAGUUCGGCUAGGGGGCAAUUAUCAAGAAGGUUUGUUCAACCAAUAGGAUUUGAAGCUAAAGAAGUCAAUUAUAAAAUAAAUGUGCCUGAUUUCGCAAAUUUACCGCCGUUGGAAUUAGGUUCUAGAUUCAUUACUGAUUUAAAUAGGAUUGAUUCAUCAAUACCUCAUGAUAUAUUCUAUUCAGAAACUGUAAGUAAAACAGAAUCUGCAAAUCUAUUAAUAAUAAAACUAAUACUUUUACCAAAUUUUCUAAAAAGUUCUAAUGAAAAAGUAAGUCAAUUAGAUUUACCUGAUCGUUUCUUUGAAGAAUAUAAUUCAACUGAGUGUGUGACAAAAAUUGGUUUAUUUCCUGAAGUUGAAAGAACUUGGAUUGUUAUUGAUAAUAAAUUGGUAUUGUGGAAUUAUAACCUCCCACAAUCAUCAUUCAAUAGGGCUGCUCAAUUCCUUACUAUUGAUCAAAUUAGACAUACCAUCUUAACUGUAAAAUUAGUUAAACCUAAAAAGGGAGUCUUUCUAGAUGAAAUCAACUAUUUAUUAUUGGUUUCAACCACUGUGGACAUUCAUAUAUUCAUCAUUAAAUAUGAUAAAGCAUUAAAUAAUUUGGAAAUUUUCAAUCCAGAUUUAUCUGUUUCAACUCAAGGACUUAUUGUUAAUAACUUUACAGUCAACCCAAAAACUAAUGAUAUAUAUUUUAGUGGAGAAGGUGAUGGAAUAAAUAUAUGGCGUUUGGAUUAUUCAAACAAGUCUAGUUUUAUUAAGAAUAAAUGUGACAAAAUUUGUUUAACUAAAGGGGGAUUUUCAAGCGUCAUUCCAAGUAAGAUUCCUGGUCUUGAUUUAUUCAAUGCAAGCACAGCUCCUUCCAGCAGUACUAGUAGUGGUGAUAUCCCUGCAGCCAAUGUGCCGGAAAGUAUUGUACAAUUGGAAGUAGAUGGCGAAAGAGAUAUUUUAUAUUCAUUGUCUAAUAAAUCUGUUAUUAGAGUUUAUAAACUUCAACCUAAACAAGAACAACUUACAGAAGGCAGUAGAUUAACUCCAACUCAAAUAUUCAAAUCUGCAUCUACUAUCUUUGUAGAUGCUAGUAAUUUCAAAGUCUUUGAAAGAUUUAAAAUAAUUAGCAUUCAUGGGAUCUCGCCACAAGAGUCAACUUCAAUUCAAUUAAUUGCAGUCACUAGUAAUGGUUGUCGUAUGUUACUUAAGCUUGGAUCAACAUCUACAUUUAGUUCUUUGCUUUCAACUCCAUUUUCCGCGGCAAAUGCAUUAAGAUUGAACUUGGUAAACAUUAAAUUUCCUCCAUCCAGAGAAGUACCCAAAAUAAAUAAUGAACUUGAUUCAUUCACCAGGGAUAGACAAUAUAUGUCUCAAUUGAUUGCCAACCAACAAAAGUCAACAUUAUUAAAGAAUACCAAGAUUGCCAAGAUUAUUAGUCCAGGCGUAUUCAUUUGUGUUAAAAAGACAAAGAGAUCUGAUAGAUUAUUCAUAGCCACUUCUAAUUAUGGAUAUUUAAAGAAGAAUAACAAAUUAGUUGAAGAUGCUGAAUUUAUGAAAUAUACUGCCAGCGAAGACGCACCAUUUACAUAUAUCCAAGAUAUUGUACAAUUGACACCUUCCAUGAAUGCUACAAAUACUCCAAAUGGUUAUGCAAACAUCUUGGCCAGUCAAUACACAAAACAACCAUUGAAGUUUGCUGUUUUGACUAAUUUUGGGAUCGCGAUAUAUCAAUUUAAAACUUCUGAUCAAAUCAUAAAAUCAUUAAAGGAAGAAGUUAUCGAAAAUUACAUUGAAGAAAAUGGAUAUGAAGAAACUUGUUCAGCAUUAUUAUACUUAGCAUGUUCAUAUGGACAUUAUAGUUCCAGUGAUCUUUUUAAAAGAAAGGCACAGAUUUUGUUUUCAACUUGUGGGAAUGGUGCAAGAUUAAUUGAUACUUCACAGUUAACUCAAACUAAUCCAUUAAUUCCACAUCAACAGCAAUUGGCAAGCAUUGGAAGUAAUCUUCAUCCUACAGUGAACCAGGUUGUGCUUAGUGAUAGAUUCUAUGGGACUUGUUUAUUAAUUGCUAGAUUACUUCGAGAUUUCUGGGGUAUGAAAGUGUUUAGUCCCUUGCCUCAUAUUAAGAUUACUCCUAGUGGAGAUAUUGAAGUUGCAAGUAUAAAGGAAGGAAAUCUUUUGAUUAAAGGUUUGAAUAUUGACAAGAAACAAGCCGAAUAUUUUAUUGGUUCAAUUAUUGUAUUGAUUGAUUUUUUUAUGGAAAAUGGAACUAAUAUUCAAGGAUUGAAUGCACCUAAUUAUAGUUCUGAUCCUAAUCAAUUCGAAAAUGAAGUUUGUUUAAGAGCUGAACAUAUUGCAUUUACUUCAAUUAUCAAGUCAUUGAAUUCCAUGAAGGAAGCACUUUCAUUCUUGAUGGUUUUGAUUGAAGAGAUUCAAUUUAAUCAAUCUAAUUUUAAUGAAAUUUUUGAAUUCUUGUCAUUAACAAAUCAAGCAAAUCUUUUAUGUUUAACUUUUAAGGAUUUAUUAUUACCAAAUAGGGAAGUUAAGAACUUGGUUAAAGAUUUAUUAUCCUCAAUUAUUAAUAAGAACAUUUUAAAAGGUGGGUCGAUUGAUUUAAUUGCUUCUUCUUUACAAACUAGAUGUGGAUCUUUCUGUUCAACUGACGAUGUAUUUAUAUUUAAGGCAAUUGAAAAUUUAACCCGAGCUAAAAAGAUUGGUUCAAGAGAUAAUGAUUUAAAAGUAAAAUGUUUACAAAAUGCAGUAUUAUUAUUUGAAGAAGCAUUUGAAUCUUUAACUAUAGAGAAUAUUGAAAAUUCUAUUAAUAUAAUGUUGGAACUUGAAUAUUAUGCAGGAGCAGUCGGCAUGUUAUUAAAUAUUGCACAAAAGAUUGGAAAUAAUUCAAAGGUACCCCACAAUCUUAACUUUAACCAAAUUGGUGAAGCUACGAUAAAACCAAAUAAGGACGCUGAAGAGAUUUCCAAAAAGAAAACUAAGAUGUAUGAACUAAUUUUUGAUGUUUUAACCAAGAUUGAUUUACGUGCUUUAAAAAUAACCGAAACUAAUAAUCAACUUUUAAUUAAUGAAUUUUUGGAAACAAGAGAUUCUGCUUAUGAAACUUGUUUUGCAUCUGCUGAUAAGAAUUUCCAUUAUGCAUUCUACGAUUGGUUUAUUAGACAAGGAGUAAGUGAAAGACUUUUAGAAAUUACAACUCCGUUUAUCUUAUCAUUUUUGGAAGAAAAAUCGGAAAACAACUUAGCGUUAAGUGAUUUACUUUGGUUAUAUCAUGCCAAACGAGAAAACUAUUUUGAUGCGGCCAAGAUCUUAUAUGCAUUAUCAAUAUCUGAAUUCAAAUUAGAAUUAAAUCAAAGAAUUGAAUAUCUUUCAAGAGCAAAUGGAUUCUGCAAUUGUGUUUGUCCACCAAAUUUAAGACAAAAGAUGAUUCAACUCUCAACUGUCAUACAAGAAUUAUUUGAUGUUGCUAAUAUUCAAUUGGAUAUCUUGACUAGAAUUAGACAAGAUUCAAGAAUUAAUACUGAAAAUAAACAAAUCGCAGUUGAGGCAUUAAAUUUCAAGAUUUUAUCAAUUAGCGAUUUAUUCAAUACAUAUACUGAUCCAUUAGGUUAUUAUGAUCUUUGUUUACUAGUUUUCAAGAUUUCUGAUUAUAAGAAUUCUGAUGAUAUUUUGAAAAGAUGGGAAUUAUUCUUUGAGAAAUUAUUCCAUGAAUUCAUGGUUGAUCAUAAUGCCAAAGAUCCAUUUUAUGUCCUUAUGAAUGAAGCAUUUAUACCUUGUGGAUCUAAGUUAUCUUCCAAUGAUUUGGUAUUUCCAAUAGAUGAGUUAAUUAAAUUGAUGUGUAAGUAUUUACAAGAGGCUGUUGAAGAAAAUCCAGUUACCCAAAAGUUACCAAAGGGUGUAGUUGUUGAUAUGUUCGUUAAAUCAGGUGUAAGUUAUGAAAGAAUAUAUUAUGUGAUGAAAUCAUUAAUAGAACAUAAUACUUUUGAAGUAUAUCCAGGUUUUACCAAUGAUUUAAGGAUUAAUGAAAUGACAUAUUUGAUUAAGACUUGGUAUAGUGAUGAUAAGAAACUUAGAGAAUUGAUUCCAACUGAAAAGAUUGUUAAUUUCAAUGAAUAUACACUUGACAAUGAUCCAGUUAGUGAAUAUUUACAAAGACUGUAA